AUGUCUGCAUCCCCGUCUGGUCCACAAGAGCCGGAGAAAGUCAUCAUUACUAGCAAGUCUUGGUUCACCUCCCUUCAACAAUGUGUGAUCCACCUUGUUCCCAUGUCGGCGUCGGUCAUCAUAAUGACAGUAAACAUCAGGCGCACGUAUUUGAGUGCGGACUUGAUGUCUCCAGUCAGAUCGGAAACUAUCAACCUUUUGUUUCUCCAAGUGGCCGCCAAAGCACACGAAAUCAUGAUCGUCGCAAGCUUGAGCUUGGUUGUUCUACAGUUUGUACGGCACGAGCUGCUUUUCGGGGAUGGAUUACCCUUGGGCUUCAUCGGGUCGGGAAUUACUUUCAACAACUUUGAGUUCUUCUUCAAAAAGGAGUUUCGUGGGGCAAUGAAAUACAUCUCGCUUCCCGGUAAUAAACUUCGCAAGGUGGCAUUUGUGAGUCUCAUCAUGAUUGCGGGGUUCGUGGCAGCUCUCGCUGGCCCAGCCAGUGCUGUUCUGCUUGUGCCAAAGGAUCAAGACUGGGAAGCGGGAGGUACCCAAUUCUUCCUGAACGGCACGGAGAGUGAGCUUUGGCCCUCGGAUUUGACAGGAGAAUUAUCUGAACUCCGCCAAUUUUGCAGCCCAGAUAACUCUACCAGUGUGGGAAUCUGUCCGGCAGCUGGAUUUCGCUCCUUAUGGACCCACUGGGGAACCAUGAACAGCACAGAUUUUCGGACUCAAAAUGUCCGAUCCUAUGCAAAGGAGGUAUCCGGCUCUUCAUUCUACUGGCCGGUUUCUAGCCCCUGGUCACUAAUCCCACCCUUAUAUUCCCUUGGAGAUAGCCAGCAAGGAACAUCCCUGAUACAGCCACAUGCAGCCACCGUGGUAGUGUUACAGGAACUUGCAGAAGAUUGGUGGAAAGCUCUUACGGCGGUAAAAAAGUUGUCAUCCAACCAGGUCGACGACCGGGUUGUUUCCGCCAAGUUCAAGAACGCUAUCACCGUCGUGCAUUGUGGAGAACCGCAAAAGCUGCAGGCGUCAAAUAGAACUGUCCGGUUCCCGUCCAUCGACGGCCGGUUCAACUUUGCUGAUAGCUUACCAGUAGAUGUCGACAGUCUAAACGGUACUCGUACUGACCACAUACGAUUUCAGUGGAUCCAUCUCCCGGAAAGAUUCGGUGCCACUAGCAUUGGAGGAUUGUUCGAAACAGCAUGGGAGGGUGAAAGCCAGUCUGAUGCUUCGCGAGCUGUAAUUGGUUGUACUGUUCAGGCUGGAUGGGUACCGGCAACGGUCUUUACAGACAAGUAUACUUUUUGGACGGGAUGGUACCCCUGGAAUAUUCAAUUUGGUGAUCGGACUCCCGCAUGGAACGGGGCCUCAAAAAGCUCGACAAAUGGCCGAAUAGCAUUCGGAGACGAGUGGUUGAGGCUUUUAACCCCCAAAGCUCCUCCUACUGCUUUCUAUACUGAGUCUUGGCGUCCAUCGACAAUUGAAAGCAUCUUUCUGAAUGCAGGGCUGGCUGAUUAUGCCCAGUUUCGUAGCUGGCUAAGUAACAGCAAUUCAACUCGGGCAAAAGUUUCGCUUCUUGAGGCUAUCGUCUGCAGUGUUGUCCUUGAUGGUCUGAGCCGAACAGGGAGUUACCGAGCAUUUGACACGUCAGGUUCGAGUUCCGAAUGGUCCAUCGCAAACUACAAUCUUCUUCCUAAUUUCGAAUCCCGGGUGUUAAAAAACGAGCAAGCUUUGCAAACUCCAGCUCUAGACCCUGACCAGUUUACAACCAUCCAGGCGGAGAUGAAAAUUAGCGGAUUUUCGUUUCAGACCUCGCUCGCCAGCUUUCUUGCCAUGUCCGUCCUGCUCACACAUAUUCUACUUGCUACGGCCCAUAUUGGGUACAUCCUAUAUAAGAGACAAUCGUCCAGCAGCUGGAGUUCGGUCGCGGGACUCAUUGCCUUAGCCCAAAACUCCCAGCCGGCAUUUGGCUCUUUGGCGAACACGGGAGGGGGCAUCGAAUGCUCUCAAACAUAUGGACAAGUCGCGAAAAUCAGGGCCAAGAACACGCCUGGUAUUCCAAACCACAAGCACGUCGAACUGCUCUUCGAGGAACAUUUCAGCUCCGAGGAUAUGGCAGUCGGCCAUGAACCGAGUAGUUUCCGCUAUAGGUGUCUGCGCCACCCAGCCACAUGGCCGAACCGCAAAAUCCAGGUGGUUUCGGGUGAUAAUGCAGAGAUUCAAGGGUUGUCAAGCUCUACCGAGAGAUUGGUCCCUGAGACAGCUAUCGAGGCUGGAGAAGCGAUGUGGCCUGUGUAUGCGGGCCAGCCGUAUGGUUAA